GUGAGUUGCUAUUGGUAUCCAUUAAUUGCGAUAGCAUUUUGUAAAUUUUUGCCGCACGAGCUAGGUGACACUUCUUGUUCGUAAAAAAACACACUUGUUGAGUUGGUAUUGAAAUAUAAUUAAGGAGUAUUUAAGAGAUUACGGCCAUCGCCAGCACAAGUAAAAACAGUGCUCAGUUUUGUAGAAAAGCAUCCAGAAAUGGCUUGGAAGGAACUGAGAAAUGGAAAUGCAGGGUUUCAUAGAAUUAGAAAACUGUGGGAAGAGCUAACUAAAAUUGUAAAUUCGAUUGAUGGGGCUCGUAAAAGUACUAGUGCCUGGAUGAAGUUUUGGCAAGAUAAAAGAAGAAAUGUUCUAGUAAAAAGCAGAUUAAUAAAGCAAGGAAAAGAACAUCUAAUCCUUACAUCAAUUGAUAAGAGGAUAAUAAAAUUACAUCAAACCAAAAGAAAUAAUAAAGUUAUAAUAAACAAGCUGUGUAAUAAAGAAGACAAGUCUGUUGAUGAUGUAUAUGAGGUUCCCAAUAAUGAUGGAAUGAUUACUAAUAAUUUUGAAGAAAAAAGUUGGAACCUAAUGAGUAAUAUGAUUGAUGCAAUGGGAAAACAGGCAGCAGCUCUUACUUAUAUAGGUCAAGAGGCAUUAAAAAAAUCUGAAGCAAUGGAACAAAUUGCAGAAGCAUCCUUAAGACAGGCUCUGGCAGUUGACAAAUUAGCAAUAGUAUUUGAUGGAUUGAGUGGCUCACUGUAUGAUGUUAGAAACGCCAUUAUGAGCAUAGACUAUACCAUGAAGAGGUGUUACCCCCCCUAACUCACAUAAUAGAUACAACCCUAUAUUAUUUAGUUAAGUUGUUAUUAUAAAUAAAGAAGUUUGCCAUACAA